AAGGACCCACAAACGGCUGCCCUGCGUAACUUCCUGAAACAGAGAGGUUUUCUUUGAAUGGAUGAGUUUGUAAAUCCGUCUGAAAUCACAAUCAUCUGCUUACAUACUCCGUUCUGAGACGGGCUGAGCGCUCCGUUUGUGGCCCAGAACCAUGUUUCUGUACAACAUCACCCUGCAGCGGGCCACCGGCAUCAGCCACGCCAUCCAUGGCAACUUCUCAGGAACCAAGAUGCAGGAGAUCGUUGUUUCCAGGGGAAAGAUCCUGGAGUUGCUGCGUCCAGAUGCCAACACAGGGAAGGUUCACACUCUUCUGACGGUGGAGGUGUUCGGCAUCGUCAGGUCCCUGAUGGCGUUCAGACUCACAGGAGGAACCAAAGAUUACAUCGUUGUGGGAAGUGACAGCGGUCGUAUCGUCAUCCUGGAGUAUCAUCCAUCUAAAAACCAGAUGGAGAAGGUCCACCAGGAGACGUUUGGGAAGAGCGGCUGCCGGCGCAUCGUUCCGGGACAGUUCCUGGCUGUGGACCCUAAAGGCCGAGCUGUCAUGAUUGGAGCCAUAGAGAAACAGAAGCUGGUUUAUAUCCUGAACAGAGAUGCUGCUGCCAGGCUGACCAUCUCCUCUCCUCUGGAGGCCCACAAAGCAAACACGCUGGUCUACCAUGUGGUGGGAGUGGACGUGGGCUUUGAAAACCCAAUGUUUGCCUGCUUGGAGAUGGAUUACGAGGAAGCUGACAACGACCCCACAGGAGAAGCUGCUGCAAACACUCAGCAGACCCUCACCUUCUACGAGCUGGACCUGGGUCUGAACCACGUGGUCCGAAAGUACAGCGAAGCUUUGGAGGAGCAUGGAAACUUCCUCAUCACAGUUCCUGGUGGUUCUGAUGGGCCCAGUGGAGUUCUGAUCUGCUCUGAAAACUACAUCACCUACAAGAACUUUGGAGACCAGCCGGACAUCCGCUGUCCCAUCCCCCGCCGCAGGAACGACCUGGAUGACCCGGAGCGAGGCAUGAUCUUUGUCUGCUCUGCCACCCACAAAACCAAGUCCAUGUUCUUCUUCCUGGCUCAGACCGAGCAGGGGGACAUCUUUAAGGUCACUCUGGAGACAGACGAGGAGAUGGUGACAGAAAUCAGGCUGAAAUACUUCGACACCAUCCCCGUGGCUGCAGCCAUGUGUGUCCUGAAGACCGGCUUCCUGUUUGUGGCCUCAGAGUUUGGAAACCAUUACCUGUACCAGAUCGCUCACCUGGGCGACGACGACGAGGAGCCUGAGUUCUCCUCUGCCAUGCCGUUAGAGGAGGGAGACACCUUCUUCUUCCAGCCUCGACCCUUGAAGAACCUGGUCCUGGUGGACGAACAGGAGAACCUGUCCCCCAUCAUGUCCUGUCAGAUCGCUGAUCUGGCCAACGAGGACACGCCUCAGCUGUACGUCACCUGUGGACGAGGACCCAGGUCCACCCUGAGGGUGCUGCGACACGGACUGGAGGUGUCAGAGAUGGCCGUCUCUGAGCUGCCCGGUAACCCCAACGCUGUGUGGACCGUACGCAGACACGUGGAAGAUGAGUUCGACGCCUACAUCAUCGUGUCCUUCGUCAACGCCACCCUGGUUCUGUCCAUCGGAGAGACCGUGGAGGAAGUGACGGACUCUGGGUUUCUGGGAACCACCCCGACCCUCUCCUGCUCCCUGCUGGGUGAAGACGCCCUGGUUCAGGUUUACCCAGACGGGAUCCGUCACAUUCGAGCAGACAAGCGUGUGAACGAGUGGAAGACCCCCGGUAAGAAAACCAUCGUCCGCUGCGCCGUGAACCAGCGGCAGGUGGUCAUCGCCCUGACGGGGGGAGAGCUGGUCUACUUUGAGAUGGACCCGUCCGGCCAGCUCAACGAGUACACGGAGAGGAAGGAGAUGUCUGCAGACGUGGUCUGCAUGAGUCUGGCCAACGUCCCGCCCGGUGAGCAGCGCUCUCGCUUCCUGGCCGUGGGACUGGUGGACAACACGGUCCGGAUCAUCUCCCUGGACCCGUCGGACUGUCUGCAGCCUCUGAGCAUGCAGGCUCUUCCUGCUCAGCCUGAGAGUCUGUGCAUCGUGGAGAUGGGAGGGGUGGAGAAACAGGAUGAGCUGGGAGAUAAAGGCUCCAUGGGCUUCCUCUACCUGAACAUCGGCCUGCAGAACGGUGUGCUGCUGAGGACGGUGCUGGACCCUGUGACCGGGGACCUGUCUGACACCAGAACACGCUACCUGGGCUCCAGGCCGGUGAAACUGUUCAGAGUCCGGAUGCAGGGCCAGGAAGCUGUUCUGGCCAUGUCCAGCCGGUCCUGGCUCAGCUACUCCUAUCAGUCUCGGUUCCAUCUGACCCCACUGUCCUACGAGACUCUGGAGUACGCCUCAGGGUUCGCCUCGGAGCAGUGCCCAGAGGGAAUCGUGGCCAUCUCCACCAACACUCUGAGAAUUCUGGCCUUGGAGAAACUGGGGGCUGUCUUCAACCAGGUGGCCUUCCCUCUGCAGUACACCCCCAGGAGGUUUGUGAUCCACCCAGAGACCAACAACCUGGUUCUGAUCGAGACCGACCACAACUCCUACACAGAGACGACCAAAGCUCAGAGGAAGCAACAGAUGGCUGAGGAGAUGGUGGAGGCUGCAGGUGAGGACGAGCGAGAGCUGGCUGCAGAGAUGGCUGCAGCCUUCCUGAAUGAGAAUCUGCCAGAGGCCAUUUUUGGUUCUCCUAAAGCUGGAGCAGGUCAGUGGGCCUCGCUGGUGCGUCUGGUUAACCCCAUCCAGGGUUCCACUCUGGACCAGGUGCAGCUGGAGCAGAACGAAGCUGCGUUCAGCGUUGCUGUGUGUCGGUUCACCAACACAGGAGACGACUGGUACGUCCUGGUUGGAGUUGCCAGAGACAUGAUCCUCAACCCCAGGUCAGUGGGUGGAGGCUACAUCUACACGUAUCGUCUCUCAAGUGGAGGAGAAAAGCUGGAGUUUGUUCAUAAG